GAAGGACGAGCGAUGCCAAGGAAACAUCUGGAAGGACGGAGGUCACAUUUGAAUGGAGCCCCCAAGUACUGUGAGGGCACGGGGGUCCACGUUGUCCACGAUCUGGUGCCUCGCUCCCAUAUGAUUAGUUUGUGACAUGGACGCCCCCAGCUGCGGGACUGGGGGGGAGAGUGCCCCCAGACGUCAGGGAGGGCGCAGUAAGGGCAGCCUGCCCUCCCCCGGCUGCAGACUCUCGCAGGCGUCCCUGGAGGGCGACAAGGCUUCUUUGGUGGGGGACGGAGGGUCCGGGGGACGCGGCCGCCGCUUCUCGGUCAUGAGCUCCUCCGCCAGGGACGGCCUCGCCUUCCGCACGGCAGGCACGCCGACCGCCCCGGUGCCCCUUCCGCUUCGCUCGGUGGGCUUCGCCACGUCCCGCGCCGCCCUGGCCUCCACGUCCUCGUCGGCAGGCAUGAUGGUGGUCGCCACGGGCCUCGAGACCACCACCACCACGGCGGCGGGGACACCUGAGACGGGGUUGGGCCUGGGCCUGGGGUUGGACGGGGAGGACUACAGCAGCUCCAACCAGAGCACCUUCAUCCAGAGGCAGUUUGGCGCCAUGCUGCAGCCCGGCGUCAACAAGUUCAGUCUCCGCAUGUUUGGAUCCCACAAAGCUGUGGCCCUGGAGCAGGAACGCCUCAAAUCGGCGGGUGCCUGGAUCAUACACCCCUACAGCGACUUCAGGUUCUACUGGGACCUGCUGAUGCUGCUGCUGAUGGUGGGCAACCUCAUCGUGCUGCCAGUGGGCAUUACCUUCUUCCGGGACGAGAACACGGCGUCCUGGAUCAUCUUCAACGUGCUCUCCGACACCCUCUUCAUGGUCGACCUGGUGCUCAACUUCCGCACCGGCAUCAUCAAGGAGGACAACACCGAGAUCCUGCUGGACCCCAGGUCAGUGUGCCGGUGUUACAGGGCCAUCCGCCACAACUACCUGAAGAGCUGGUUCCUGGUGGACUUCGUGUCGUCCAUCCCGGUGGACUACAUCUUCCUGAUGGUGGACAGCCUGGACUCGGAGGUCUACAGGACGGCCAGGGCGCUCCGCAUCGUGCGAUUCACAAAGAUCCUCAGCCUGCUGCGCCUGCUCCGCCUCUCCAGACUUAUACGAUACAUCCACCAAUGGGAGGAGAUCUUCCACAUGACCUACGACCUGGCCAGUGCCAUGGUGAGGAUCGUCAACCUGAUCGGGAUGAUGCUGUUGCUCUGCCACUGGGACGGCUGCCUGCAGUUCCUGGUCCCCAUGCUGCAGGACUUCCCCCCCGACUGCUGGGUGUCCAAGAACCUGAUGGUGAACGACACGUGGGGGGUGCAGUACUCCUACGCUCUGUUCAAAGCCAUGAGUCACAUGCUGUGCAUCGGCUACGGAGCCCAGGCCCCUGAGGGCAUGAACGACGUGUGGCUGACCAUGCUUAGCAUGAUCGUGGGCGCCACCUGCUACGCCAUGUUCAUCGGCCACGCCACCGCCCUCAUCCAGUCCCUCGACUCCUCCCGCCGACAGUACCAGGAGAAGUACAAACAGGUAGAACAGUACAUGUCCUUCCACAAGCUUCCUGCGGACGUGAGGCAAAAGAUCCACGAGUACUACGAGCAUCGCUUUCAGGGCAAAAUGUUUGAUGAGGAGAACAUCCUGGGAGAGCUCAGCGAGCCGCUGAAAGAAGAGAUCGUCAGCUUUAACUGCCGUAGCUUAGUGGCUAACAUGCCGCUGUUUGCCAACGCCGACCCCUACUUUGUGACCGCCGUGCUCACCAAGCUGCGCUUCGAGGUCUUCCAGCCGGCAGACUUCAUCAUCAGAGAAGGGACAGUGGGCAGGAAGAUGUACUUCAUUCAACAUGGACGAGUCGGCGUGCUGACCAGAGGAAACAAGGAAACCAAGCUGAGCGACGGCUCUUAUUUUGGAGAAAUCUGUUUGCUGACUCGAGGGCGGAGGACAGCGAGUGUCCGUGCUGACACCUACUGCAGGUUGUACUCGCUCAGUGUGGACAGCUUCAACGAGGUGUUGGAGGAGCACCCCAUGAUGCGGCGGGCCUUUGAAACCGUCGCCGUGGACCGUUUGGACCGAAUAGGAAGGAAAAACUCGGUGCUCCUGAGGAAGUCAUCUCAAGGUGGUUCACUCGGGGGCAGUAUGGGCCGUGGAGGGGGUCCGGGUGCAGGAGGUCCUGGGGCAGGUGUGGGUCUGGCAGCAGGCAGUCUGGGCUCCUGUGACAGCUUACUGGUGCAGCAGAUUGUCAAACACGACAGCAUGCCGGCCAUGCAGGACGCCAUCGCAGCGGCCGCGGCAGGAAGAAGCACCGCCAUUGGAAGAAGUGGCACCAUGUCUCCCAGACCCCGUCCCCUCAUCUGGGCACCGCUGGUUCAUGCCCCCCUGCAGACAGCGGCUGCCACAAGUAACGUGGCCAUUGCCCUCAUGCACCAGCAGCAGUUACAGCAAUUGCAGCAACAGCACGCACUGGGGGGCACUUUUUUCCUGCCCUCUCCUCUUAUAUCACCAUCCCCCUCCUCCUCCUUCCCACUCUCGUCUCCUCGUGCCCCCAUCUUGCAACCUCUUCGUCCAUCAGUCAGCUCCCUCAUUGGAAUGAUGGCAAUGAGUGGGAUGGGAGGUUUGUCUCCAAGAGCAGGAUUCCCUGCCUCUCCUUCCACCAUCGGCCCACCAAGUGGGUUUAUCCCCCCACCGGUGGCCAAGACAACCCCCGCUCCGGCGUCUUCUAUGCCAACGUCUCUCCAACAAGGAAGGACUCUUCACCACAACCUGCGCCUCCAGGCUGAUCAUCUUCCAGCACUUGCUGGAUCUGUCACAACCCCAACAGGAGGAGGAACAUCAAACCCACUCUUAAACAAGAUGCAAACCUACAACCCCCCCGCAGCCCCAGGUGGCCCAGAUAGCAACACUCAUGUAAUCAGCCUGCAGGGAGCAAAAGAAGCACUUAUGCGGCAUGGCGGUAACAGCUGUCAGGGUCUACCAGCAUUGGGCAGGCUCACCCAAGAGGCCAGACUGCUGUCUGCCUCGCAGCCCACUCUGCCUCACCGCUCCUGGGCUGGCGUGCAACCUCAUCCCCCUCUCCACCGGAAGGCCUCAGGUGGAAAUUUGCUCACAGCUCCUUUCCUGGUGGGGAAGUUAGCCCGAGGCGGAAGUGCGGGAAUACUCACCUCCAAUCCUGCAGUGCCACCUGUUGGAAAUAUGACCCAAAUACAGCAACAGGCCCCAGCUCCCAUACCGCCAACUAUGUACACACAGUGCUUCCCUCAUGUUACCCCCAUGCCCACCUUCAAAGCUCCACAAAUGCCUUUGGCCCCUGCCACCCCCUCACCAGUGCCAACACCACCAUUUUCUAACCCGAUUAAUUCGCAGACUCCCCAACCAAAGCCACCUUCUCGCUCCUCAUCACCACCUUCUUGUUCCACCCCUCCCCUGACAGUAACAACCCUGUUGUCUUCGACACCGCGCCCCAAACCGUUUGGUACCCCUUCUCCUCAUUCAUCAUCUCCUUCGCCAUCCUCCACUCCUCCCCCCUCUUGUGUCUCAACUCCAGUUCCCUUACCUCAAACAUUUGGAGCCAAGUCCUCUCUGAGCUCCUCGCCUCCAUCUCCAGUGGUCUCCACUACACCCCCACAAAGCGCACUAGUUAAAGUUUCCAACACACCGCCCGCCGCGUCACCAUUGUCCGGUACCAGCCCUACAACAACCCCAGUCUUGUCACCAACUCUCACAUCCAGACAAACUCCCAUUGAGACAUUGGCCCCACCUUUUAUGCCAACCUCCAACCCUUCUCUGAGCAAAUCCUCAAGUCCAACUUCUUCUCUUCAGCCUUCAGUCUUCAAUGCGGCCAGGACUCCAACCCCGAGCCAAAUCCCCAAACCCUCUCUCGCUCCUACACCUGCGAGCACCAACUCCUCCACCAAAGUCAGAUUCACCGUCCAUCCAGUAAAGCAAACCCUUACCCCGAGCACCACGUCCACGUUGAAUCAUCCCACAAACUCAUCCCCGAGCUCCGUGAAGAACACCACAACACCAACUGACUGUGCUACAGCAUCUGCCCACCUCCCGAAACAAAUCAUAACCCCGAACGCUGCCCUGACCCAUCCCUCCAAAACCAAUGCGCCCUCCUCCCUGGCUAAGCCCAUGCAGGCUUCUACCCUCGCGCAAGCCCCACACACCGCCACCCCAGCUACCAACACCUCGCCACAAGGGGCUAAAAGGGAACCUCAGCAGUCACGAGCCAGAAAAGACUCCGAAGGGUUGAGGCACCAACUGCCGGCUAACAUGUAAACAUACAAAAAUAAAAACAGCAGCAAAGAUGUAGCUUGUGCCGGCUGACCAUGCCGGUACAAACAACCAUUCUCCCGCGGACAACUUCAUGGUGUUUUCAUCCACGCUAGGAUAAGACUGUCAGAGUUUUUGUGACUCGACAUGCAUUGCAUACCUUUUAAUGGUUGUUGGAGCGAGCAAGGAAACAGAAGCAGAAACUUGACUUAAGGACAGGUUAAAUAACUAGGAUUACUUCUACUGGUUGAUCAAAAUAGCAAUACAUGUGAGACAUCUUCCAAUACCGUGCUGAAGUCUGAGGCCACUGCUGGAUUUGUUCUUUUAAUGCGCAGCAAUAGUCCACAGUAGGACACAGUGACAUUGGUCAGGAAUCCAGACUGACCAUUUAAGUCCAAAGAGAAGCGGCAUCCUGGUAAAUGUAUCGGUGCAUUCCAGGAUGCUGGGAAGUAAGAAACCCCUCAAAAGCUUUAGCCCGGUUUUUAUUGGCCUAGCAGAAAUUCAAAUGCCCCAAAAUUUACCAUGGAAUUUGGUACAGGGGCGGAAAUGCACUUAUGUCCAAUUUGAGUCUGACUGGUGGGAAAACAUGGCCACCGUCAAGCUUCCUUGCCGGGGCACAGGCACUACUCACUCGUUCCUUUCACACCAUCAUUGUUCUGCCUGUUCCGCAACGAGGCAGUAAGAUCAGCCUGGAAAUGUUCCGCCAUGUGAGGUACCAUCAAAGGCGUAACAGAGGUGCGUUGAGUAGUCCGUAUUGGCCAAGUUUAACAGCUGACACUUAUUACUCCGCUGGUGCGGUGAGUGUUUGAUGCUUUAUGGUACCUGGCUCCUGUGUCCGAGGCUCAGCCUGAUCUUCUGUUGCGACUCUGCCUUUCUCUGCGUGAAAGGCGCUCCAACUCGGACUCCCGUCUUGCUCGCCAAAUCAUGGUCACCAAAGUGUAACACAAGUACCAACCGGACGCAUUGCCGACUACGAAGUUGAUCCACUUGUGAAUAAGUAAAAGUACACAUAGGUACACACAAACUGCAGUUUUGUUUAGUCCCACCUGUGGGUGUGUUUUUGUGCUUGUGGGGUCUAGUUUUGAUUCUCACUGCUCUGCUGUGCACUGUGGCUUUCUUUCCUGCAUACAUACUGGGGAUCCGUUUAGGUCGACAACCCGUCCUGUUGACCCACUCAUCAAGUCCUGAGUCAACGGGUUCUUAUUAUUACUUAAAAAUGCCCGCUCGAAUCGACGUUCAUGGUCGGUCAUUUUGCAUACCUGUCAUCCCUCCCGUUUUCACAUGGAAACUCUCCCUUAUGUUGUCCUUCUUUUCUGGCGACUUCCUGUUCCUGAACCCCACACCCCACGCCCGGAAUUUUUUUCCCUGCAUUAAAAACAAUCUUUUCUUGUACUGCCGGCCUCCGGUCCACUUGCCUCGUCUCGGGAAACAUGGGCGAAACACACACGGCGCAGCCUGUAAAAAGUCAAACCUUCAAAACAAAAGUAUGGCCGUAACACGUAGCGUGCAGCCUGUAAAGAAGUCAGCCCUUCAAAAUAAAAGUACAACUGAAAAAAAAUAAAUAUUUAAAUGGACAAUGAAUAAUGUCAACAAGUAGAUGUAGCUUGAAAACUUAAGGCCAGCUUGAGUUAUGUCAACAACCACUUAUGUCAACACUUAUUUGUGUCAACAACCACUUACGUCAACAACCACUUAUGUCAAGAACUAUGUCGACAACCACUCAUGUCAACAAUGACUUAUGUUGACAGCCACGUAUGUCGACAACCACUUAUGUCAACAACCCCUUACGUCAACAACUAACAAUGUCAACAACCACUUAUAGCAACACUUAUUUAUGUCAACAACCACUUAUGUCAACAACCACUCAUGUCAACAACCACUUAUGUCAACACUUAUUUGGGUCAACAACCACUUAUGUCAACAACCACUUAUGUCAACACUUAUUUAUGUCAACAACCACUUAUGUCAUGAUCUAUGUCUGUCAACAACCACUUAUGUCAACAAUGACUUAUGUAGACAACCCCUUACGUCAACAACUAUCAAUGUCAACCACCACUUAUGUCAACACUUAUUUAUGUCAACAACCACUUACGGCAACAACCAUUUAUGUCAAAAACUAUGUCGACAACCACUUAUGUCAACAAUGACUUAUGUCGACAACCACGUAUGUCGACAACCACUUAUGUCGACAACCCCUUACGUAAAAAACGAUCAAUGUCAACAACUACUUAUGUCAACACGUAUUUAUGUCAACAAAAACUUAUGUCAACAACUACUCAUGUCAACAGCCACUUAUGUCAACAACCACUUAUAACAACAACAACUUAUGUCGACAACCAUUUAUGUCGACAACCACUUAUGUCAACAACCACUCGUGUCAACCAUUUAUGUCAACAGCAAUUUAUGUAGACAACCACUUAUGUCAACAACCACUUGUGUCAACAACCACUUAUGUCAACACUUAUUUAUGUCGACAACCAAAUAAUGUCCACCACCACUUAUGUCAACAACCACUUAUUUCAACAACCUUUUGUGUCGACAAUCACUUGUGUCAAUGACUUAUAUAAACAACCAUUUAUGUUGACAACCACUUAUGUCAGCAACCAAUUAUGUCAACACUUAGUUAUGUCAAAAACCACUUAUUUCAACAAACUUUUGUGUCGACAAUCACUUGUGUCAAUGACUUAUAUAAACAACCAUUUAUGUUGACAACAACUUAUGUCAACACUUAGUUAUGUCAACAACCACUUAUGUCAACACUUAGUUAUGCCAACAACCACUUAUGUCGACAACCACUUAUGUCAACCACCACUUAUGUCAACAUUUAUGUCAACAACCAUUUAUUUUGACAACCACUUAUGUCAAGACUUAGUUAUGUCAACAACCACUUAUGUCAACAACCACUUGUGUCGACAACUACUUAUGUCAACCACUACUCAUGUUAAUACUUAUUUAUGUCAACAACCACUUAUGUCAACACCCACUUAUGUCGACAACCACUUAUGUCAACCACCACUCAUGUUAACACCUAUUUAUGUCAACAACAACGUACAUGUAUCUCAACAACUAUUUAUGUCGACAAACACUUAUUUCAACAACCACUUAGGUCAACACUUAUUUAUGUCAACAACCACUUAUGUCAACAACAACUUAUGUCAAGAACUAUUUAUUUCGACAACCACUUCUGUCAACAACCACUCAUGUCAACAACUGCUUAUGUCAACACCAAUUUAUGUAGAAAACCACUUAUGUCAAUGACUACUUAUGUCAACAACAAUUUAUGUCAAGAACUAUUUAUGUCGACAACUAUUUAUGUCGACAACCAUUUAUGUCUACAACCACUUAUGUCAACCACCACUCAUGUUAACACUUAUUUAUGUCAACAACCACUUAUGUCAACACCCACUUAUGUCGACAACCACUUAUGUCAACCACCACUCAUGUUAACACCUAUUUAUGUCAACAACAACUUACAUGUAUCUCAACAACUAUUUAUGUCGACAACCACUUAUGUCAACCACCACUCAUGUCAACAACCGCUUAAUGUCAACACCAAUUUAUGUAGAAAACCACUUAUGUCAACGACUACUUAUGUCAACAACCACUUAUGUCAACAACAAUUUAUGUCAAGAACUAUUUAUGUCGACAACCAUUUAUGUCGACAACCACUUAUGUCAACCACCACUCAUGAUAACACCUAUUUAUGUCAACAACCACUUAUGUCAACAACCACUUGUGUCGACAACCACUUAUGUCAACCACCACUCAUGUUAACACUUAUUUAUGUCAACACCCACUUAUGUCAACACCCACUUAUGUCGACAACCACUUAUGUCAACACCCACUUAUGUCGACAACCACUUAUGUCAACCACCACUCAUGUUAACACCUAUUUAUGUCAACAACAACUUACAUGUAUCUCAACAACUAUGUCAACAACCACUUAUGUCAACACCCACUUAUGUCAACAACCACUUAUGUCAACACCCACUUAUGUCGACAACCACUUAUGUCAACCACCACUCAUGUUAACACCUAUUUAUGUCAACAACAACUUACAUGUAUCUCAACAACUAUGUCGACAACCACUUAUGUCAACAACAACUUAUGUCAAGAACUAUUUAUUUCGACAACCACUUAUGUCAACAACCACUCAUGUCAACAACCGCUUAUGUCAACACCAAUUUAUGUAGACAACCACUUAUGUCAACGACUACUUAUGUCAACAACCACUUAUGUCAACAACAAUUCAUGUCAAGAACUAUUUAUGUCGACAACCACUUAUGUCAACAACCACUUAUGUCAACAACCGCUUAUGUCAACAGCAAGUUAUAUAGACAACCACUUAUGUCCACCACCACUUAUUUCAACAACCUUUUGUGUCGACAAUCACUUAUGUCAACACUUAGUUUUGUCAACAACCACCUAUGUCGACAACCACUUAUGUCGACACUUAGUUAUGUCAACAACCACUUAUGUCAACACUUAUUUAUGUCAACAACCACUUAUGAUAACAACUACUUAUGUCAACAACCACUUGUGUCAACACCUAUUUAUGUAGACAACCACUUAUGUCAACAACCACUUUUGUCAACAACCACUUAUGUUAACACCUAUUUAUGUUAACAACCACUUAUGUCAACAGCCACUUAUGUAGACAACCACUUAUGUCAACAGCCACUUAUGUAGACCACCACUUAUGUCAACAGCCGUUUAUGUCAGCCAGACUGAGGGUGUGGACUGAAGCGGGUUCCACUCUCCUGUAAAUAAAAGCUCCAUCAGCCAUGUUGCUUCCUUCCUCGUUAGUCCCGCCUCCUAAUGCUAAUGCUAAUGCUAAUGGUGCACAUGCUUGAUGUUAGCGUGCUAGCAACAAUGAGACCAUGAUGCCUAGAUGAAGAUAUAUAAUAUCUACAGUAUAUUUAUUUAAGGACCAAAUGUUUUAUUUUCUAUUUAUCACAGCUUUAGCUUUUGAAUGGAGAGUAAACAAUGUCAACAGGAAGUGGAGUGACCAUGUUGUCAUGUGUGUGUGGAUGUCAAAAUAAAGCCGCUUUAGAUAAA